CAAUGACACUGCUUGGUUUCUAAUUAUUCAAAUUUAUGUUAGUUCUUUCUUUGUAAACAGCGGGCGAGAUCAACGUAUUUGACCCUAAAGUAGCUUAGUUCAAUCAUAGUGACCGAGUAGAAGAGUUGCUUCGAAAAAAUAACGCGAUUAAAUAAUAAAUACUACAAAGCACAUUAACUUUUUCAAAUGGCGGCGAUCGUUGGUAAAAUAUGGCAAGGGUACCAAAUUGUUUUCGACGACUGGACUGAUCCAAGAACAAAAUCCUGGCCCCUGCUCGCAAGGCCUUAUCAAGGAUUAAUUAUACUGGGACUCUAUCUAAUGCUCAUUCUGAAAUGGGGCCCUAAAUGGAUGAAAGAUCGGCCACCAUUCAACAUUGACAAACUGCUUAUAGUCUACAACGCAAUCCAAGUCUUAUUCUGUCUUUAUUUGUUUUUAAAAUCAAUAAGCCCUUGGACGCGGUACAAAUGGAUAUGCGAACCAGUAGAUCGGAAUAAUAGCGAGGAAGCCGUGCAUAUUGCAAGACUGUGCUAUUAUUAUUAUUUGUUAAAGUUAAUUGAUCUGAUGGAUACGGUUUUUUUUGUGCUUCGCAAGAAAUUCAAUCAAGUGUCUUUUUUACACGUUUAUCAUCACACUGGCAUGGUUAUGAUCACAUGGGGAAAUGCUACAUACUUGCCAGGUGGUCAUGGUACCCUGGUCGGAGUGAUAAACUUGUUUGUGCACAUUGUAAUGUACAGUUAUUACCUGCUAACUGUCGCCGUACCUAGCGUCAAGAAAUCAAUAUGGUUGAAGAAGCACAUCACUCAAUUGCAAAUACUACAGUUCUUCUGGUGUGUAGUUCACAUGGGCACUAUAGUGUUCGUUCCUGACUGCGCCUACCCACGGUGGGUCGCUGCUGUUUUCCUCCCACAAAACCUCUUCAUGCUGUUGCUCUUCAUAGACUUCUACAUCAAAACCUACAUCAAGAAGAAGCCAGUCUCAAACAAAGAGCCGGAAUUAAACCAAUUUGGAAACGGACUGCAGAAAAAUUACGGGAAGCAAAACUGUAACUCUAAAAAAAGUAAUUCUAACAAAGAACACGACAGUUAGGACUUCCUUCAUGUUAAAGUGUUAAUAUAAUGUUACAUACUAAAAUCUUGAUCUUUUCUUCUUUAGUAAAUACUUUUGUUUAUUGAUUAUAAAAGGUCAGUCUAAGAAUUCUUUCAUAGAUCAAUAUAAACAAGAGUUAGUUUUAGAAUUUUAAUUUCAAACAAAUUUUAAUAAGUAUUAUUGCCGCUUUGCGUAGCUAGCAGCAGCGGGAAUGUGAUUCCGCUGGUGACUGCAAUAUCCAUAGAGUUACCAUCAGGUGAGCUUCUUGUCAUCAUCAUUAUCAGCCUAUUAAUGUCC